CAACUUGUUCUACUCCAGCUUCUUACAUCCUUCUUUUUAUGCCAUUUAGAUAAAUGAACAACCUGCAGUCUUGUGGUAGCCAUAUGGGGAGUGCUCGCUGCAUAUACUGGCCGUAGACUAAGUGGUUGGGGUGUGGGGUUAUAAGGUAAGGUAUAGUGUGGGCGGGCCAGUGUGAGCCUAGCAGCUGGCCGGGGAGGAGGUUCCUUGUGUGUUGUGUGUGGCAAGUGGACCCGUCGUCGCCAGGGCCAUGUGACACUGCCCCUGGCAGUCUCCUAGCACCCACCGUCAGGCACCAGCACCACUCCCAGUCGUGGCACCAGUAGGUGGAGGGCGGAGGAGGCCUAAAGAUGACUCUACAUUGGGAGAAACUUUCACCUGCAGAGUUCCAGCAACUGCAGGACUUUACUGCCUAUUCUCCCAAGAAACUAGAAGAUGUAUUAAAGGAAUUCACUGGGACAGGUUCUCUAUCUAAGUACAGCCUUGAUGGGGACAUUGACUAUGAAGGGUUCCACCUGUUUAUGGAUACUUACCUGGAGGUGGACACACCGGAGGAGCUAUGCCGACAUCUCUUUCUUUCUUUCGUUAAGCGGACCAGACCACAGCCUGUUGAACCAAAGUCCAUUAAGGAGAUGGCAGUGAUGUCAUCAGCGACGGCCUGUGCCCCCAUCACCUCCCACAACACCUCUGGAGGCUCCAUCAGCAACCUAGCCACUUGUUCCAUCAGCGAGAGCUUGACUGUGGGUAGCAAGUCAGAGGGAGGUGGUGGGGUUAGUCUGGCUGACAAGCUCCAUGGCCUCACUGAGAAGUUCUCCUCACUUGGACACACCCGUGCUGACUCUGAGGCCUCCAGUCGUCCUAGGACUGGUAGUAUAGGGGCGUGUGUCCACCCAAUGGUGACGGUGACACAGACGAACAGUUACACCGAUGGUAAAAUUGAGAAAAGCACUGAUUCCUCACCUUCACAGUCCCAGAUGUCUCGCUCAUCUUCCAAGAAGUCCAACAACUCGCUUCUUGUUACUAAUGGCAAGCUAGAAGACAUGAAGCACUUAGUAAGAAAAUCCAGCAGUAUCGAGGUCCACACAGUACGGGUCAACCUCAAAGACAUUAUAUGUUACCUGACGCUGUUGGAAGGUGGUCGACCAGAGGACAAACUAGAGUUUAUGUUUCGGCUAUACGAUACUGAUGGCAACGGUGUCCUUGAUACUAAUGAAAUGGACUGUAUAGUGAACCAAAUGAUCCAAGUAGCCGACUACCUUGACUGGGAUGUUACCGAGCUCAAACCAAUUCUGAAAGACAUGAUGAUCGAGAUAGACUAUGAUAAUGAUGGCACAGUGUCCCUUGAAGAAUGGAAGAGAGGAGGGAUGACCACAAUUCCUCUACUCGUGCUCCUCGGGCUCGACACGAACUUGAAGGAAGAUGGGAACCAUGUGUGGCGCCUCAAACACUUCAGCAAGCCGGCCUACUGCAACUUGUGUCUAAACAUGUUAAUGGGUCUUGGCAAGAAGGGGCUGUCUUGUGUCUUUUGUAAGUACACAGUACAUGAGCGGUGUGUCCAGCGAGCACCCGCAUCAUGCAUCGCAACUUAUGUGAAGAGUAAAAGAAGCUGCCAGUCAAUGUUACACCACUGGGUGGAGGGCAACUGUCCUGGCAAGUGCUCUCGCUGCAAGAAAACUAUCAAGAGUUACAAUGGCAUCACUGGAUUACACUGCUGUUGGUGUCAUCUAAGGCUCCACAACAGAUGUGCUUCCCAAGUUAAACCUGAAUGUAACUUUGGAGAACACAGAGUACAUGUUCUUCCCCCAACAGCAAUCUGCCCUAUCGUCCUGGAUCGUCAAAGAUCCAUAUCGAAGGAAAAGAAGGACCUCCAUCGGUCCGAGUCAACACCAGGUGGACUCAGUGAAGGCACUAUGUCGGCUCCCAUGUCUUUCCAGAUCACACCACUGCCUGGGACUCAUCCAUUGGCUGUCUUUGUCAAUCCUAAGAGUGGAGGGAGGCAAGGUGCCAGAAUCCUCAGGAAAUUUCAAUACCUGCUAAACCCCCGCCAGGUGUAUAACCUGGCAAAAGAUGGCCCCCUGCCUGGCCUUCAGUUAUUCAAGGAUGUUCCUAAUGUCCGGGUUAUUGUGUGUGGUGGUGACGGUACCAUAGGUUGGAUCCUCGAGCAGAUGGACAAGGUCCAGUGGAGCCAGGCACCGUGCGUAGGCAUCAUCCCACUGGGUACUGGCAACGAUUUAGCCCGAUGCCUCAGAUGGGGUGGUGGAUACGAAGGGGAGUCUCUUCACAAAAUUCUUAAGAAAAUAGAAAAAUCAUCAGUGGUUAUGAUGGACCGGUGGCACAUUGAGGUGUCCGAACAAACGGGAACUCACGAAGACGGUGAAGUUGUCGGAGACAAAAUUCCUUACAAUAUAGUCAACAAUUACUUCAGUAUAGGCGUGGAUGCAGCCAUUUGUGUCAAGUUUCAUCUCGAACGAGAGAGAAAUCCUGAGAAAUUUAACAGUAGAAUGAAAAAUAAAUUAUGGUAUUUUGAAUAUGCCACAUCUGAAACAUUUGCUGCCUCAUGUAAAAAUCUUCAUGAAGAUAUUGACAUUAUGUGUGAUGGAGUGUCUCUGGAUUUAUCAAAUGGACCUUCAUUACAAGGCAUUGCUGUGUUGAAUAUACCAUACACUCAUGGUGGCUCCAACAUGUGGGGUGACAACACACUCAAAAAGAGACAUAAAACUUGUAAAAGUAAGAAGAAAAAAGACAGAGAAAGAGAACUUUCAACAUCUUCCUUCACUUCUGCUGAUCUCACCACUGCAAUUCAAGAUAUUGGUGAUAAAUUAAUUGAAGUAAUUGGACUUGAAAAUUGCCUCCAUAUGGGUCAAGUAAGAACAGGGCUUCGUGGAUCAGGGCGUCGCCUGGCUCAAUGCUCUUCUGUUGUCAUUAGAACAAGGAAGAAGUUUCCCAUGCAGAUUGAUGGUGAACCUUGGUGUCAGCCACCAUGCACUAUACACAUCAGUCACCAUAACCAAGUGCCAAUGUUGAUGGGUCCAGGAACAUGUAGAAGAAAAGGACUCUUCUCUUUCAUCCGUAAGUGACAGGGGGAUUCAGGGGCAGCAAAGAAUGCCCCAAAGUGUCCUAAAGAUUCUCUCAGGUUUUCUAAGCUUAGAUGUCUUGCACGUAGGCCAUGAGUGACGUGGCUUCUCUAAUUUAGAGAAAGAUGAUCAAAGGAGUCCCAUGUGUAAUUAACUACAUGGCCUAACACUUCAUGUGCAUAAUGGCAUUCACAAGUCAAAAUAAAAUAAAAUUAGAAGAGCUUUAAUUUAAUUACCAUGCCAAAACAAGGCAGAUCUUUUAAUGUGAUUAAAUUCAAAAACUAUCAGAAUCUUUAAAUGAGGUUAGAUUAACUGUUAGGACUAUUUUGUAUGAUCAUUGAUUUAACAUGGUAGAUGAAGCAACACUAAAGGAAAAUGGUUUCAUGUUAUCAGUCUUAUAUCAUUGUUGAAAGUGAACAUGGUGCUCUUUUAUAAUACUUAUUGUUCAUGUAGUCUACAGGAAAAAUACAUGACUUUUAGUGAGGAAAUGAACAAUAUUAGAAAAUAAUCACCUUGCACAACUGUAAGACAAGUGGCAGCCCUCCUUAGUCCCGAGUGGAAGGUGCUUACCUUGAGGUUACCUUGAGGUGCUUCCGGGGCUUAGCGUCCCCGCGGCCCGGUCGUCGACCAGGCCUCCUUCAUCACUUUGUCUGGAAAGAGUAUUGUAGUAUUUUAUGCAGUGUAAGAGUUAAAAAUCUAGAUUUGUGUGAUGCAAGAAUUUAAUAAUCAAAUUUAUAUAAACAAAAGUAGUGUGAUAUGUCAAGUUUAUGACUACAAUAUGUAUAGAUUUUUUAUCAAACUAAACCAUACACAGUAGUACCGAUUUAUACAAAUAUAAAUUUUGCAUUGUGAAUCAUGAACAUUCUUGACAGUAGAAUUCCAUAUUAAGGUUGCAUUUGAAAAUAGAUUAAUUCAAUACUUAAUAUCUUUCUCAAUUGCCCAUCAGUUGUGUGGAUGGUUUUAAUAUAUAUUAUAUUAUCUCAAUCCAUUUUAUUACUUAAGUAAUUUAGUUUAAAUCCAACUCCAUACUUAUAGUUCACACUACACUAGAGAACAAGUUAUCAUGAACAUAUUAUUGCUUGCUCAUUACUUGCAAUAACUAAGCUAUGUAGUGAGUACUUCCACAAUAUUGCAUUAUAUCUUCAAAUAACUAAUUCCAAAAGCUAUUUUAUAAUAUUGAAAACAUUUAAUAAUUACAUUUUUCUAAUUUCUUUAUUCAAUAUCUUCUAAAUUAUAUAUUUUAAUAAAUCAAUCUUGCUAUAACUGAGUGGUUCAGUAAUGAUGUGUGCUCAUCAGAGAGAGAAUCACAUGUAGUGCACUUUAUAAACUACAUUAAAAUGUCAUGAAGUUCAAAUAUAUCUUUGUGGUCAAAUUGAAACGUUCUACUGCAUGUGUGUUCCGUAUCUUGAGUGAGAUCAUCAUUACCAAUUAAAGGAUGCUUUAAUGUGUGUUCUGUACUGUUGAGAGUUGUCACACUUUUCUCAGGUUCAAUUGUUUUCCUUUUAAAUACUACAAUGUUAGUGUUUUCAUAACACUAUACUGUACACCUAUAUUUUGUGUUUUGGAUAUUUCCAAUGUUACUGCUUUUGACUGUAAUAUAUUUAUGAUGUUGUAGAGAGUGUAAGGCUUGUGUUAUCAGCCCAGGUUUUUACCACGUGCAAGAAGUGAUAAUGACUAGUCAUAAUUACUAGCAUAAUUCUCUGUGAGGCAGAUGUGUUCACUGCUGAUCCUCAGUGCAGUAUACUCUAUUUAUACUGGACGAAAUCUCAAACAUAUUCUCUUAUUUAUUAAAAUUAUUAUUUAAUAUUUUGUUUAGCAUUGUAAAUACUGUAAAUGCUAAAAACGUAAAACUGAGUAUGUAACACAUUAAGACAUUAUAAUACACACACACACAUACACACACAUGUGCACCAAAAGGUUUUGUAGGCCAAUACUGUCAGUAGUUUGAAAGUGUUAUACGUCAAGGAGUAGAGUACAAUACUUGGAAAACGGGACACCAUGAGCAUAGCUCUCAUCCUGUAACUACACUUAAGUAAUUGCACAUACAUACACACACUGUUGUAUGAGUUGACUGCCCAUCAUGUCAGAUAUCCAUUAUGACCAUGACUGAUAUUAUUACAUAACUGAAAAUAUACCAAAAAUGUCCAGAUAUCUAUAAUUUUGCCACGAUAUUCAUGAUGCAAGAGACAUUGACAGUCUUCUAAAUAAAAAAAAUAAAAAAACAGCAAAAACAUCAAAUACUGACAAUCUGUUAUUUCAUUGGCAGUCAAUUACAGGCACUGACUCGUUCCAUCAUUUGUCCCACAUUCUUUCUGGACAGUUAGAUCAUUAAUUUUCAGUCCAACACCCCUAAAAUUACACGUGGAGGUAAGGUUAUGCCUUGCAGGCUUGAUACUUAAGGCACCACCAAUCUGGGCUUUCUUUUUAUUAAUGACAGACAUCUAGUUUUUUUAAACUCGGAUUCUCUAAUAUUUUGACAAAAAUACUAAAUCUUCUGCCACUAUGUCAAAUAAAAAUACAGGAAAUGUGCCAAUGAAGGUUUCUACCACAGUAGCAGCAGGCACAACAAGAAACAUAGUAACUCUCAGUUAGGUGAAAUAAUUAAGAAUUUUUGCAAACUUCAAGAUAUGCUUAUAGUGGAAUAUCACCUUAAGAAUAAAAUGCAAUGAUAUUUCAUAGUAAUUUUCUAUGAUUAUAUACAGUGUUUAGCACUAUUGUUGUAAUAUAUAUGGUUACUUAACUGGGACCAGCCCAUCCUCCAAAUAGCCCAAAUAGAUAGUAUGUUUUAAACUAAAUGUAAUAAGUACAAUCCUGACUAUUGGCAUAGUACAUAAAUACACUUAAUCACCAGCA